AUGCAGAACGUGAUCAACGAUGCCGUUGCGAUGGCCAUCGGGGACCCCCUGUUUCAGGCCUCCGUCGCCGCGGACAAAAAGAAUCCGCUGCUGCGCAAGGGGAGGAAUGGCAGAGCAGCAGCUCCGCAGAGAACAAUCGUCGAAGAGGAUGAGGAGAUGCAAGAACCAGGAGAAAACUACGCUGCGACCGGUAAAAAUUCUACCGGUAAUCUCGUCAUUGACAAGGACUACAAGCGUCGGACCGGCAACAUUCUCGUGGAGUUCGAAGAUGUGGUUGAUAUGACGACACCAGCAUACCACAAGUGCGAGGCGAUGGAGAGAACUCACAUGAGGUACAGCACCGCGGACAGCAGUGAUUCGCCUUCUUCCCUCCCGUCCGCAGAAGGCGUGGAGUCGGACUACUUUCUGGCCUCCCCGGCGGCCUUCGGGAAGGGCAGCAACGUCGUUUGGACUGGUACUGGUACAACAGGUGUUGAGACGUCAUCUGCAGGUCGUGGGGCAGACAAGCAAGAGGAAGCUGGCCAGAAUGGAAUUGGAGCCGCGAAAAGAACGGAAAGGAAUGAAGCCACCCCUGAUUCAGAUUCAUCUCGGCAGCCGAAUCCUGCAAGUAGAACAAGCGAGGAAUCUUUUGAUCAUACAGGCGAACGUAGCAAGAAGAAUCCAGCCAUGAAGAAACUGAUGGAGAUUUUCGAUCUCGGGGACCACGUCGACCACUUGUUAACCAAAGACGACAUGGCCCAGCUGCGCGCCGACAUUUUUGCCCGCGUCCUGGGCACCCUGGGGUUGCCGGAGUACUUGCAGCACUGGGGGAAGGAGCAGCAAAUGACGUUUCACGCGGUGUCGGGCCUGGAGCUCCCCAGCGACGUGCCGCAAGCCUUGUGGGUGCCGAACCUGAGUCCGGGGAACAUGGCCACGCAGGUGUUUCGCCACCUGAUUCAGGAAAAGAUGCGCAACAUAUGA